CAUUCUGUAGCUGAAUGAGAAGAGCGACAUGAUACCCAUGGUAGUCAUCUUCUGCUGAUUAUCAAAACGAUGGUGCAUUAAAAAGAUUGACAUACGUGGAUUAAUCAAGGCAACUCAUCACACAAGUUGAGAAAAUGAAUAAUCAAGCGUUCAGUUUGGCGGAGAGGCUCAUACCUUCGACCUACGUGCAGCAGGGCCUGAACGCCAAGAAGUCUCGUGAGAACCUUAUACGGCAUUUUAUCGAACAUCGAAAAUGGCCAGAAGAGGGUUGGGACGACGCAACGAUAGAAGCAUUCCUGUCGGAUCUAUCGCAAAUGGACAGCAAUAACUUUCCCUCGAAUUGUAGUGUCGGUGAACGCGAGGCGAGGAUCGUGUCGAACAUCGUCGCGAGACGACACUUUCGUAUGGGACACGGUAUAGGAAGAUCCGGCGAUUUAGAAGAAGUACAACCGAAGGCUGCUGGUAGCAGUUUAAUGUAUAAAUUAACUAACUCCUUAGUGCUUGAAGUUAUACGAUAUAUGGGAGUGAAGAGCAUAGCAGGCUGCUUUCUAUCACCAAUGGCCACGGGAAUGAGCCUAGUUCUAUGUAUGUUAACGCUUAAGCAAGACAGACCACGCGCGAAAUACGUUUUAUGGCCUAGAAUUGACCAAAAGUCUAGCUUCAAGUCUAUAAUUACGGCCGGAUUAGAACCUAUUGUUAUCGAGAUGCAAAUAAUAGGGGACGAAUUAAAAACCGAUAUGCAGAGAUUAGAGGCUCAAAUGGCAGCCUUAGGCGAGAGUGUUGCCUGUGUACUUACGACAACCAGCUGCUUCGCGCCCAGAGCGUGCGAUUCCGUGGACGCGAUCGCGGCCCUCUGCAGCCAGUAUAACAUACCACAUCUGGUGAAUAAUGCAUACGGCUUGCAGAGUACAAGGUGUAUGCAUCUCAUACAAGAAGCGUCGAGAAAGGGUCGAGUAGACGCUUUCGUUCAGAGUACGGACAAGAACUUUCUGGUUCCGGUGGGUGGUGCUAUUAUAGGUUCCUUCGACAAGAAUCUCUUAGAUCGCAUAUCGAAAAUGUAUCCAGGACGUGCAAGCGCGAGCUCCGUUAUGGAUGUGAUGAUAACGCUGUUGAGUCUUGGAAUGGCAGGGUACAAACAAUUGAUUGCUCAACGUAAGGAAAUGUAUUCUUAUCUGAAAGAAGAAUUGGGAAAAUUAGCAACAAGGCAUGGGGAGAGACUGUUAGACACUAAGGGUAAUCCAAUAUCUAUGGCUAUGACUCUUCAGUGUCUGAGCCAUCAGCAUGACAACAAGCAAGUUACUAUGCUAGGGUCAAUGCUAUUUCUGCGUAACGUUAGUGGUACUAGAGUUAUAACGACCACGGAUUCUAAGCACAUUGUUUCGCAUAAAUUUGAAGGUUGGGGUGCACAUAACAGCAAUUACAGAGUUCCAUAUCUGACUGCUGCGGCAGCAUUAGGCAUGAAGAGAUCUGAUGUGGAUGCGUUCAUACAAAGAUUGGACAAAGCUUUAACGAAAGUAAGGAGACGUUCAGCACCAGUAACGCCCACUGCUUCACUCGCCGGUUCCAGCAUCAAUGGGGAUGCAGGUGGUACUGGUGGACCAGGAGAAUCUAGCACAGCCUCAACCAGCCGUGCAAGUAGCAAAGACAGCCUAAGAAAAUGAACCGUAAUCAACGCAACUGGCCAGUCCAAUCAGCACAUUAAUAUCAAUUUACACAUGCUAGAUACAAAUGUACUGAUUCGUCUGCCCAUUUGCGUUGAGAUAUUGUCAAUUCAAACUACCAAUAUACCAAAAGAAGAUGAGAAUCUUCAGACAUUAAAGAGUGAUCAAAAUUAAUAUUUGAAAAGAAAAGAAAAGAAAAUGAUAGGAAACGCGAGGCAUUCGGAUUCCUAUGGCUCUAUUUCAGAAACAGAUCUCAGAAAGAGAUUCAAGUGAUAAGCGCUGGCCGCCGAUAUAAUUGUUGAGUAUGUUCUUUGUUGAAAUGUAUAUGCUAUUAUUUAUAAAAACACAGGCAACAUUGAAUUCUUACAAUUAACUCUCUUUUCACCUUCUUAUUUUCUAAUACAGUUUGAUAUAAAUACUUAAGAAGCAUGUAUCAAUCAAAACAUUGUAUGUUUGUUUUGUAUAAUAUAAAUUCUUUUUCUAAAGGA